GCCCCAUAAUGCAAAACCUUAGAAUCAGGAAGGGAAGCUUUUUUUCUGGACAGUGUUGACCGAGUCUCAAGGGAGAUAAUUAUAUCCUAAUGGCUUCCUGGGUAGUUUGAUUUUGGUCUACUUUUGAUGAAGGCCUGGUUGAUCACAAGGCUAAUAAUUUGAUAAUAAGAGCUCCUGAUUAAAUUUCGAGUCCAUUUGUCGAGCCGUGAUGUCUAAGCCAAAGGGGGGGGGGGGAGGAUAUAAUUGAGACCUUUUAAAGUGUAAUAGCCAGGAAGAGCCAGUUAAACAGAAGGGGGAAAUAAAACUUUAAAUAGAGCAGUGACAUGUUUUUCAGGUUAGAGAUAAAGUCGGGCGUGUAAUGCAAGAUUUCUGCUGCAAAAAAACAUAAAAAACUGGUUAUAAGCAGAAGUGAAGUUUUCUCUAAAAUGCUAAACUGCCUGUGUGCCUUAUGCCAUUUUCUUCCUUUCCAAUCCUCCUCCCCCCCCCAUGUUAUUUUCAGCUUUCCCCUCAGCCUUUAAGAUAGCCAAGAGAGAAAAUGGUCCCUCCCCAAAUCAGAGACAUCUGCAAAAUGUCACACAAGGACUUGGCCACGUGGCCACAGUUUCCACUGACAGGAACAGAAGGGUUGAUAUUCAGCCUGUUGUUGGGAUUAGAGCCCAGUGAUUGUUGCUACAUACGCACACAAAUACACAGACACAUAAACUGAGCAAAACACAGACCCAAGCAACAAAUGUGAGAUUUAAAGCAGAUGUUGAAUUUUUGAAAACGUGCUGUUUUUAGCUCUAUCCAUAUAUGUUUAACUCUCGUCAUAAUUUGAUUGUGUUGAACAACUACACACCUCAUCUUUUUAACAAGCAUCGUGUACGUAUUUUGGUAAGAUUUCAGCUCAGCAUGUAAACCUCCCUCCCUUUCAUAGUAAAAGUUAUUGCAACAGCAGGGAGAAAGUUACUCUCACAUUGUCAAAAACCGGUCCUUAAAUUUAUAUUACUCAGUGGUUAGAGAUAAAAAAAAAAUUACCCUGUACUAUUUUGGAAAAGUAGAAAACUACAAUGGUAUCUUAAAGUGUAACAAAUUUAUUACACUGUGUGUUUUUGCACACAAGUGUAUUUCAUCAGGGAAAGUACUGAAGUAUCUUUUUUUAAAAAAAAACCCAUUUUCCUCAUUACUUCUAUUCUAUUUUCAUUUUUAAAAAGCCUCGGGAUAUAUAUAUAUAUAUAUAUUUCCGUGCAGCGAAGAACAAAGAAGAUCUGUGUAUCCCAUUGCAGAAUUGCUCUCUGACCACACCUAUUAGUACUUCGCUCGUCUGGCGUAUAUAUAGAGAGCAUCCUUGUGCUGCCUCUUCAGAUGAAGAGAAGGUCCAGCCGCUUCCAGAAGUCGCUCGCUGAAGACAAGCCCCAGAAAGGUCCACGAAAGAGAUCCUCAAACCUCAUCCUCCAAAAAAAGAUCCAGCUGUUCCCAUGCAGUUUUCCCCGCCACCUUUGAACUCCAGGAUGGUGCAAGAAUCCUUUACUCUCCAUUUUCUGAAGGUGAUGAAGGAACUCCUGGCUUUUGUGCUCUUCAGUUACACCGUCUUGUUUGGGGCGCUGUUGUUGGCUGGAUGGACGACUUACUUCCUUGUGCUAAAGUGACAGCGUGUUAGAGUUCUGUCUGGAGCUCUGGAGACCUCAGCUGGACAAAACAGCCCUUUAAUUUUGUUUUGUGAUAAUCCUGGCGCUUUUUAAAAGGAACCACUUGGGUUCAAGCUAAGAUUUCAUUUUUAAAAUCUGUUUCUCGAGUAUCAGAAUCUCAGAGAGUUAUUAUUCCUCUCUCCAAUCCAUUUUUUUUUUCUUCUAUAAUCUCUCGGGGAUAUCCGUAUUAAAAGCUGGCAGGUUGCAACAUGCCUUUUAUUUCCUGAUAUUGUUAAAACACUUUGAUGUCGACUUUUUGCCUCGCUUUGAUUGAACUCUGAAAUUAACUCCCGAUCUUCACUUUUUAUUUUUAUUUUUUCAUUUUUUAAUGAGGUUUUUAUAGUUCCGGUGUCAGACAGCUUCCUCUUCCAAAAACAGCUCAAUAAAAUUAUUUGCAGGUCUAGGAUUGUCUGUGUUAAAUGCUUACAAAAUUAAGCAUAACAACUCACAUUGCUACAUUUUAUAAUGUCUAAGCUUUUGAAAAAAAGGAAAAUUGAACAUGCAUACACAGUCCUGCGUAUUCUGAUUGAUGUUUACUUGAUAAAAGUUCAGUAACAACAAAGCUGCUUUUUAUUGUUUUACGUUUCUUAUUAAUAAAAUUUAACAUACGCUUUAA